GCGACUACUCGACAUUCAGGAAAGAUGGCGACCAGAGUCCUUCAGAGCCUGGGGAAGGGCCUGCACCAGGCUGGGACAGGACUACGGUCCAGACAGCAGGUGGCUUUAACUAUCAGGAGUCUGUCUGCAUCUUCGAACCUACACCGUGAAGACAGCUGGUUCAAAUCUCUCUUUGUAAGAAAAGUUGACCCCAGGAAAGAUGCACACUCUCACCUGCUGGCCAAAGAAGAAGCUCAAAACCUGUACAAAAUUCAGUUUCACAAUGUCAAGCCAGAGUGCCUUGAUGAAUAUAACAAACUUUGUGAACAAGUCUUACCAUCUAUCCAUGCUGACCCUAAUUAUCCAUGUGAGCUGGUGGGCACCUGGAACACGUGGUAUGGGGAGCAGGAUCAAGCAGUGCAUUUGUGGCGAUACAGAGGAGGCUACCCUGCCCUGACUGAGGUCAUGAACAAACUUAGAAAGAACAAGGAAUUUAUGGAGUACAGAGAAAACCGAGGAAGAAUGCUGCUGUCCCGUAGAAACCAGUUGCUCUUGGAGUUCAGCUUCUGGAACGAGCCUGUGCCCAGAGACGGACCUAACAUAUACGAGCUCAGAUCCUAUCAACUCAGGCCUGGAACCAUGAUUGAAUGGGGAAAUUACUGGGCCCGGGCUAUUGAGCUUCGGCAGCAGAACAACGAGGCUGUAGGAGGCUUCUUCUCACAGAUCGGAAGUUUGUACAUGGUACAUCAUCUAUGGGCUUACAAAGACUUGCAGUCAAGAGAGCAAACAAGAAAUGCAGCUUGGCAGCAUGAAGGUUGGGAUGAAAUCGUCUACUACACAGUUCCUCUGAUUCAGCACAUGGAAUCGAGAAUAAUGAUUCCCAUGAAGAGUUCGCCUUUGAAGUAGCUUCCCCCCUCCAAUAACCAGAAUUACAUGGCAAACUGAUUUUAGAAUAUUAAACAGUUUCAGUCGUUUUGCACUGCUUUUGAUUUCUGCUCAUUUGUAACAUUCUGACCUUUUUCUUGACUCUGAUUUACUUCUUUUCCCAUAUUCACUUAGUCAAUUUAUUAGUUUUGUUAACAAUUCAAUUGAAGCUCUUUUUCAUAAAAAAUAUUUUUAAAACCAGGGAAAUUAAUAGUCUAAAAUGCUGUCAAAGAUUUAUACACUAAAACACAUACGGUUUACGCACAGACUUUUGGAAGUGCAUUCUGUUUCUGAUUUUGGUCACAAUGCUUCUCUAAUUUUCAUUCAAACCCAAUCAGGAUGUUUUGACUCUUCAUAUUUUGGGCUCUACAGGUUGCUGUGUUUUUUUCUUAAAGAGGUUUGGCAGCAGAUGUGUUGCUGCCUUUGUUUUGUGAGUCCUGAAAGACCUACAGCAUGGUCAACAUCAUUAAUUCUCUCUCUCUCUUUCACAUUCAGAAGACAUUGAUCAGCUUGCAUGCAGUUUUGCCAAAUAAACACCCUAAUUUGGGACACUUCAGUCAUCUAUUUGUCUUUCAUAUUUACUGUAGGUAAAAUCUCACAGGUAGUUGAGAUUAGUCCAGGUUUUUUAACGUAUGUCCCAUUACUUUUGCUAAUUGUACAGUUUGUAUCGUAGUUACGAACUAAUGCAAUAGCUGGACAUAUUGUAAUUAAGUGGGGGAGGGGGCAAAAUGCCUCUUUCCCCUUAAACAGAUCAAACCAAUUGAACCUUGUUAACUUCAAUUUGCAGAUGUGUUUUAUGCCUGGUUUAUUUCUGUCUUACAUUAUGUCAUUGCCUGUGUAAUGCAUUUCUCUGUGUUUUCUUUUAAUCCAGUGGUAGACCCUUUAAAACAGUAAAAUACCCUUGUUCCAAUUGUCAAAAAACUCAAAUGUAGGUCUGCCAAGCCAAACAGAUUUUGUGAGGAACUGAAUUAUGGAUGGAUUUGUUAUAGUAUAAUGUGGUUUUAUUUAACAUCCACUGCUUUAUUAAAAGUAGAUGUACAUACUGAAAUAAAUUUAUGAUUGAACCUCA